AUGGCUCCUAUUUUGAUUGUCGGCGCCACUCGGGGCCUCGGGGCGUCUCUCACCAAGCAAUACGCCGCGGACCCCGCCAACACCGUCUACGGCACGACGCGCUUGAAGGAGGGUCCUGAGGGCUUCCCGGAGAACGUCAAAUGGCUCACCGGAGUCGACCUGACCAACUCCAAGGUCGGCGAGACCAUUGCUAGCCAGCUGAGUAGUGGUGGUUCUAAGCCGCUGUCGACCGUGAUCAUCACGGCGGGCUACUUCGCGACCGAGGACUUCAGCGCCGACAAGGGCCCGGACUGGGCCGAAGAGCAGCGCAUGUACACGACGAGCUCCAUCGCGCCCGUGUUUGUCGUCCACGCGCUCGCGCACGCCGGCCUUCUCCAGGGGGGCUCCAGGGUCGUGCUCGUCUCGUCCGAGUCCGGGAGCAUCACCCUCCGCCACGAGAAGGAGGGCGGCGGCAACUACGCCCACCACGCCUCCAAAGCCGCCCUGAACAUGGUCGGCAAGCUGCUGAGCCUCGACCUCAAGGAAAAGGGCGUCGUCGUCAGCAUCGUCCACCCGGGCUUCAUGCGGACCGAGAUGACCAAGGGCGUGGGCUUUGACAAGUACUGGGACGACGGCGGUGCCGUCACUCCCGACGAAGCGGCCGAGAGUCUCAUCAAGUGGGCGUCACAGCUCGACAUGUCCAAGACCGGCGAGUAUUGGGCGCCGAGAGGCCCGGGCGAUAUUGGCACGGCCGAGCCCGUGCUGGGCAAGGGGCUCUCGACGCCUCUGCAUCUUCCUUGGUGA